GAUCUUUUCACUUUCUAAAAUUCUAAUUGUCAGGUUCAUGUAUAAAAAGUAGCCUGUCGAUUGCUUGAAGACAUCAGUUAGAGUGGUCUGUUUUAUCUGGUUACAUCUGCCACAGAACAUUCAGUCAAAAAUGAAUGCAAAGUUUAUCAUCUUCGCCACAUUGGUGGCUUUGGCAAGUGCUGCCUCCCGCCGAUACGGCCACCAGCCUUCAUCUUCGCAAUCGGCUCAAGAUUGGGAUCAGCUUCAACAGCAGCAGCAACAACAGGAGCAAGUUGAGGACAACCAGCACUCGGAACCUCACUACACGUAUAGCUAUGCCGUUCGGGAUGACCGAAGCGGAGAUCGUAAGAGUCAACACGAAAGCCGUCAUGGGGAUCAAGUGCGAGGCCAGUACCGAAUGAUGGAGUCCGAUGGCACGGAGCGCGUUGUGGACUACAGCGCAGACGAUCGCAGUGGUUUCAAUGCUGUGGUUCGUCACCAUCCGGAACGGCGCCAGCAUCCAGUGCCGGUGCUUGUGGCGGUACGUGCUGUUCAAAUUCCGGUGGAUGUUGCCACGGCUGGAAGUGGAGAACAACACCGUCAACAACUCCAGGAAGCCACUUCUAACAUGCGCCUUGUUCAGCACUACGCCACGCAACCGUGGAUGAUCUCAAGCCACAUUCGCCAUAACUGAUCAAUGGAUAUCGUGGAGCUGAGUUUGAGCUCGACAAUGAAACAAAGGCUGUGAGAUGUAAGAAAUAGCAACUAUUAACUUGUAUGAAUAAAGAGCAAAUAAAUGUUCAGUGAUAUUUAA